AUGGUUUUAAGCAAGCUUGUGUUUUUUCAAAAGUAUACAUUAGAGAAUGUUAUGAGUGAUUACAAAAAAGUAGAGUUACAUGAAAAUAUUUUAAAAUUUAUAGCAAUCAUUAAACAAAGCAAAAAUGAAAUAAUAUUUAUCCACGACUACGCCUCUGAUGGAACACUUCGUCAAUACUUAAAACAAAAUUCUAGCAAAUUUAAUUGGUAUGAUAAGUUACGUCUUGCAAAACAGCUUGUUAGUGCAGUAAAGUGCUUACAAGACAAUAAUAUUGUUCAUUUAAAUUUGAAUUCCGGAAAAAUACUUGUAAAUAAAGGAGAUAUUAAGAUUAAUAUAUUUCAAGAUCAAAAAACGUUUCCGAGUAUAUUUGAAUAUAUUCAGUAUACAGACUCUCAAUUUUUACAAAACAUUGAAACUUACAAACUUAACAAAAGUUCGGAUAUAUAUAGUAUUGGAGUUCUUCUUUGGGAGAUUUCAAGUGGAAUUAUCCCAUUUAAAAAUGAAUUAUACU